CUGUGGACUCUCCGCCCCCAGCAGGUCCCGGUGUGUGACACGGACAGGGAGGGACAGUGGGACUGGGAGCUGCCGGACUCACAGUGACAGAGCGGAGAAGCGCAGGCAGCGGGACGCGGGGAAUGACAGAGGCUCUCACACGUACGGGCGGAUAUAGGGCACACGAGUCUAACCUCCACCUUCCAUCUCAGCCAUGGAGAAUGCACUCAGUCAGAACAUCGGCUUCAUGCCGUACCUGGUGGCAGGGUCCCAGAUCCUGGGCAUCGCUGUUUUGGCUAUAACCGGAGCUUGGCUGUCGCAAUACAGAGGCGGUUUCUCCUGGAGUGGCCCCCUUCAAUUUAAUGUUCAUCCACUGUGCAUGGUCCUUGGUAUGGUGUUUCUGUGUGGAGAAGCUCUCUUGGUAUAUCGAGUGUUCAGACAUGAGACAAAAAGAGCGACCAAAAUCUUGCAUGGGGUCUUGCACGUCAUGGCUCUGGUCAUCUCGCUCGUGGGGAUCAUAGCUGUAUUCCAGUUCCACAAAGCCAAUGGGUACGCAGAUAUGUACAGUUUGCAUAGUUGGUGUGGGAUCACCACCUUCAGUUUGUACAUCUUGCAGUGGAUUAUUGGGUUCCUUCUGUUUUUUGUACCCGGCGUGGCCUAUACAUACAGGAGUCGAUUUAAGCCUCUGCAUGAAUUCUUUGGCCGGGCCUUGUUCCUAAGCUCCAUUGCUACCAGUCUGCUUGGUCUCACUGAAAAAAUGUUUUCGGACUACUCACAACGGCCAGCAGAGGGCGUCCUGGUCAACACACUGGGAGUGCUGCUAGUGGUAUUCGGAGCAGUUAUUGCCUACAUCCUGACACGAGAGGAAUGGAGGCGCCCACCUCUUCCAGAGGAGCAGGCCCUUUCCAUGGACUUUAAGACCCUCACUGAAGGAGACAGCCCAACUGAUCAGUGAGCCACUAUGCCGAGCUUAGACUGACGCGCUCUACUGUCCGAAACCUCUGAUGCUGCUUGUGAUUGUAACUUAUGUACAGCUGGGACCCUCACUGCUACCUGUCCCUAUACCGGGACUACUAUGGGAUGUGGAUUCUGACAAAGCAACAUUUACACAGAUGCAGCCUUAAAAAUGCUGUUGUGCCCACACCUACCUAUGGGUGCCAGCCUGUGCCAAUUUUGUUCAACAGUUCCUGACAACCAAACCCUGUUAGACCAUGCCACUGUAAUUUGCUUGCCAAGGCCACUGAUCCCGGCAUCAGAAUGCAGUUUAAGUGCCAGGAUGGAAAAAAGGUAAUUAUUUAGAAGAUUGUCUAUGGGAAAUAUUCAUAUUUAUUGCAAGUUUAUUCCUGGCCAGUCACCUGACAGCUAGCAUUCUGAAGUGUUAAAGGAGAAGUAAGGCUUAAUCAUCAGUCUGAUGCCCCUGCCCACAUCUUUGUGAGUGUCCUCCUUCUGCGCUCUACUUCCACUCCUAGGUUAUGUGCCAAUUGUAUCCACUGGAUGUCUGUGCUAAUAAAUGUUCAACAUGCA